AUGGCGAAUGCGAUGACGUCAGCGUCGAUGAUGACGGAUGAAUCCAUCGACGCCCCGAACCCGAGCGCGAUCUACGACGUCGUGGACGAGCGAGAGAUGCUGUACGGCCCCUCGAACACGUUCCCGAUCACCCCCGAUGAGCUCAUCGUGCGGUGUAAGCGCGCGCUUCGAAGCGGUUUCGCAGCCAUUGGCGACGAGCUCGCGGAGAACUUUGAAUUCAUCGGCCCGGUGGUGGGACCGCUCGGGAAGGAUGCGUUCGUGCGAGCGGUCGGGGGGUUCGAUCUCACCACGGGAUUUCCGGACAUGAAGAGUAAUUAUCAUCACUUCCGAGUGGAUCCGUUCGAGACGAACCGGGUGUGGUUCCAGAACCGCACGACGGGGACGCACGCCGGGAAGCUCGCCGGACGGUUCGAAGCCACGGGCACGGAGGUCGUGUGCCCGCCCCAGGCGCUCUCGAUGACGUUCAACGAAGAGGGUAAGAUUACCAAAAUAACCGUCGGCGUCGUGAUGGAUCGAACGCUCGGGAACACGGGCGGAUUGGGCGGCGUCUUUGGCUUGUUCAACGCCAUCGGCUCGCCCCUGCCGUUCCCGGAGGCGCGUCCUUGGAAAAUGUCGAAGCGGUACAGAUUCUUCCAAUUCCUCGGUCGUCUCGCCGCCAAGCGCGAAAACAAGGACGCGUGA